AUGACAUUUGGAUCAUUUGAUGAAAUUUGUAACCUGACGGCAUUACCAUUAUGUUCAGUAUUAGGAGCAGUUAAUGAAACCUCAGUAUUUCAACGAGGUAUAGUACCCCAAUGUUAUGCCCGUUCAGUUGAAUUAGCCAAUACGAUGAUUUUUCAAAUUGGAAAUGCUUUUGUUCAUUUCGGGGGUUUAAUAAUUUUAUUAAUUAUUAUAUUUAAUGUUAGAGCCAAAUAUACUGCUAUUGGAAGAUCAGAAAUGUUAUUUUUGAUGUAUUUAAUGAUUGGAUUAUUGGUGUCUAGUUUAAUUGUUGAUUGUGGUGUUUCUCCUCCACUGAGUUCUUCAUAUGCUUAUUUUGUUUCGGUUCAAUUAGGGAUUUCAAGUGCAUGUUGUAUUGGGUUAUUAUAUAAUGGAUUAACUUGUUUUCAAAUGUGGGAAGAUGGGACUAGAAGAUCAAUGUGGACAAUGAGAAUUCUUUGUUGUGCUUGGUUUAUUGCUAAUUUUAUUAUUAGUAUUAUCAUUUUUAAAGGUUGGAAUACUGCUUUAAAUAAUAGAACUACCAUGCCAUUAUUUAUUGUUACUUAUAUUAUUAAUGCUAUUAUAUUGGCAAGUUAUGUUGUAUCACAAAUCAUAUUGGUUGUAUUUGCUUUAGAUUCAUAUUGGCCAUUGGGUGCUAUUUUAUUAGGAGUAUUCUUUUUCGUGGCAGGACAAGUAUUAACAUAUGUAUUUGGAGAUAAAAUAUGUAGUGGUACAGCUCAUUAUGUUGAUGGUUUAUUCUUUGGAAGUUUAUGUAAUGUUUUCACAAUAAUGAUGAUUUAUAAAUUUUGGGAUAUGAUUACCACUGAUGAUUUAGAAUUUUCGGUUGCAAAUGUUGAACAAGGAGUUAAUGAAUUUGGUACUGGUGAAAAUGAUGAAAAGAGAUCAAGUAUGUUCUUUUAG